GCUUCCCGAAUGCGUACUACGUCACAGUAUAUACAAUGAAACAUGGUUGACUGUGGGAACUCAAGAUGCAGCCAGGAACGACGGGUUUUUAGAAAAGAACUGCUGUCAUGGAGCAAAAAAAUACCUAUAGCAGUUGGGCUAGAAAGAAUUGCAGAAGAGUUUGGUGGAAAGAAGAACAUCACAGAACUUUUGCUACCAUUUAAUUGUCUGGAGACAGGAAUUACAAAGGACUGGCAGCAGGAGCAGACAUGUUUCUUCUGUGAAUCGCGCCUACAGAACCUCUUUGAGGCAGUAUCCCAGCUUAUGAAAGAGGCAAAAGAUGGCAAAAGUCUACAAGAUAAUCCAGGCUUUAGGUAUCUUCAGGAGUUACUCCCCUACUGUCCCCAGUUCUACACAGACAGUGUGGGGAGAGAGCUGCUGGCAGAACUGAGAUCUACCACACAGUCAUUGGAGAACACAGAGACAGAGGCAGCUGCAGGCAGCAAUCCACAGGAUCCCAUAGAACUGAAAAUACCUCACAUUGUGGCCCCCACCUGUUCUAGUUUACCCAAGAAGAGGGAGACAACAAACGCCAACUGUAAGAAAUCCUACACAGACGAGGAGCUGCUGGCUGCCGUGUCCGAGAUUCGGAGCGGAAAACUUGGAACACGACGAGCUUCUAUUCUGUAUGGAAUUCCUAGAUCAACACUCCGCAACAAAAUCUUCAAGAUGGGAAUUGAUAAACAGGACUCAGUAGUACAUCCACCUGAAAUAGAGGAACCAACAGAAUUGGCAGUGAAGUGGACAGAUUUAAUCCCUGGGGCCAGUAUAGCAUUACUGCCAUUUCCUAUGCCUUAUGCUAUAGACUGGGGUGCUGAAUUAGAAAAUCACUAUGAAUCGCAGGAAAAAAAGCUGGAAUAUCUUCGUAAGAAGCACAAUUUAAGUCGUAAAAAGGAGAACUUUCUUGCUCAGCACUCUCACGAAUUAAAGCUUCCAAUCUUGAGGACCAUUAUUAAAAAAUUGGCAGAGGAAAGAAUAGAAAUGGAGCGCAAUGCUCUGAGAGUUCGCAAGCAAGAAGAAUUUAAUGGGAAGAAGAUACUCUCUCCAAGAAUGUCCUCAAGAAAUGGAAACUCGGAUGUCUAUCCCUUGGAGAGCUCAUCAGAUAUCAUUAUACCGUCCUUUCAGCCAAUGCACCAUAAAAUGGAUAGCAAGGUUGAUAAUCAUUUCCAGAGCUCUUUGGAUAAAAUCGAGAAUGCAGCUGUCGGGGAGACAUUGAAAGACAUUAUUGUGAAGACAAUCUCGGAGAAAGUUAAGUUCAAGUCUCAGGCUCUUUCCGAGUUAUGUCAGGGUUUAGCCAGGAGUAUAGAAUCUGACGACUUCUCUCAAGUCAACUCCCCAUCACCCGCCAAGAAAAGUCGCCACGAGGAUGGAGACAAGAAAAAAUCCAUUGACAGUCCAACAAAGAAAACACGACCAAAACGGGGUCAGUACAGAAAAUACAACAGCCAGUUGUUAAUGGAGGCAGUUAAAGCAGUACAGAGAGGUGAGAUGAGUGUACAUAGAGCCGGGAGUUACUACGGAGUACCUCAUUCUACAUUGGAAUACAAGGUCAAAGAGAGGCAUCUCCUACGACAGAAAAAAAUCAAGGAGCAGAGAGAGCAAAGGGAAGCAGAACAAGGUCCGGUACCCAACAACACUAAGAAGUCCACAGAGCACAGCAAAACAAGCUCAGAGAAAAAGGAAUCUAAAAAGCAGGAAUCUAAAGAUGAAAAGGAGGGAAAUAAGAAGACAAGUGUAGGGGGCUCUGGAUGGAUAGCCCCCUAUCUCCCCGGGGGUCCUGGGCUGGCUAGUCUUGGGGGGCUCUAUAACUCCUCGGGAUUCGCUCUCAAUACUCCAGCAUCAGAGCUCCUAAGAAAACUUCAGCAUAAGGUUCAGAGUAAAGGAGGCAGUGAUCAGGAAAAUUAUGAACAACUUCUAAAGCCAGGGGCUCUCUCAGACAGGUUUCUAUACCUACAUUAGGUAUAAUCAUCAAGAGAAAAUUUACUCUUUAUUUUGCUCUCCAUCUAAUGAAAAUGUAGAUUUGAAAGAGGAAAUUUUGAUGUAACAGUUGUAUGAAGGAAUGUAGGAUUUUUUUCUUUCAAGAUCUUAAUUAAUUGCUACAAUGUUUAAAUAUAUUUAUUUAAAUCUAUUUUUUCUUAUCAGAAUGCUGACUUUGAAAUGAGUAUUUGAUUGCAUUCUUGAUUUUUCAUUGUGCAAGGGAGCAAUCAUAUAACUGUGAAAGAUAUUUAAAACAUAGUUUUGCAAUGGAAUGGAAUUUUGUUCCCGAUAUAUAAUUUAUUUUUUAAUUCUUAAAAAUCAUUUGUAAUGUAGGAGCUAGGUAAAUAGUUAUAAAUUUCCAGUGUUGCUGUGCAACUUUGCUCAGGGGUACCUGUGUGUUUUAUAAAUCAUAUUGCUACAAGGUACCAGGUACUUCAAAACAAGUAAGUCAUGAUUCUAGUUACAUACAUGUAUAGGGGUGCUCUGUCACAUUGUGCAGUGUUAAUGGCAAAUGAAGUUAUAUUUUAUAUUGUGAUGGUGCUUUUUUUUGCUGCGGAUAUAUAAUUCUAGUCUUUAAUAUUUUGUAUGCUGUUGUGUUUGGGAUCAGUGAUUCAUUCCUGUUUGUGAGUUUCCUUGUUAAUGUAACGGUAUACUAGGGAUUACUUUAUAUGUAUAAAAGCUUACAAACUUAGUCAGUGAUUGCUCAAUUGAAUGUUAUCCACUUCAUCCUUUUUUAUUUCUUGUCAAUAUAUAUAAACAGUAAAACUGUUUAAUAUGACUAGUUUUGCUGUGGUGUUAAGUUGGUAUUACAUGUUCCCAUUCAAUAUUUCCUCUUUUCUACCUCAGGUGUAUUAUGUUUUCUUUAGAUGAAGCUUGUAAAAUUCUUUUUUAUUUUACCCACUAUAACAAGAUAAAUCUCUUUAUUUCAGAAUAAUAAUGAUGUUUAAUUUAGUUUCUUUUUCAACUCAAGCACAUGCAUUUUUUUUUAAACACAGAGCUCAGGUAUUACGCCAGUUAUUUUUUUAGUGAUUGAUUGCUGCAAUAGUCGUACAUUUUAUUUGUGCAGGUUUCCCUUUCUGAUGUUUGUUUCAUGGACAAAAAGGUGGAAAUUAUUUGCACAGUUCAUAAAUAGAAAAUCACAUGUUUUGUUUUUGCUAGGUGAAUUAAUACCAAAAUAGUACAUACUUUUUUAGACUAAUAUCUGAAGAGCUUAAAUGAAUGUUUUUGUCAUACAAUAAUAGUGAAAAGAAAAGCAAGAUGUAAUUAAUGACCUAAAUACUAAUAUGAAAAAAUACAGCUUGUUGUUUGUCAUUACCACAGUGCCACUUCAAUGAUUGCAGUACCACAGUAAUAGUUGAGAUGCAGUAGCAUCAUUUUUGUUUGUUUCUCUUAGGGAAAAGAGCGUAUGGCUUAUUAGUACAGCUAACCAUAAAUGAUGUGUUCACUUAAAAUGAAUUAAUUGGAAACACCCCCCCCCCCCAAUCAUCUCCCUUUAAAUAGAUACACAUUUAUUUGGCUUGAAUGUGAGUUUAAUAGUGGAGAAUUGUUGAUAUAAUUGAAAAAUAUGUCACUGCAGUUGUUGAAACUAUAUAAAACCAAAGUGGCACUGUAGUAAUUAAUUUAGAAAGAAAAGGAAAGCUAAGCUUUGAUUAUCAUCAGUGCCUUUGAAUUGAGAAUUCAAAAAAAUUUUCGACUUUAACAUUUUCUGUAAAAAGUGAAUAUCUGAUUUUGUUUUAUGCCUCAAUGUAAGAAAAAGUCAGCUAAUAUGUAAUUAGUAAAUAGCAGUCAGUUAACACAGGGAUUGAAAUUGAUAUUUUUCCAAUUGGCUUGUUGGUCAUCUUCACUGCCUUCUUUAUUAAAACUGUGUACGUCUUAUGAUGACAUCUUACACACUAGAAAUGUCAACUGAAGUAAACAAUAUCGUUAUACAUAUAUAUAGUUCAAGUAAUAAGAAACAAGUUAUAACUCACCCAAUAUUACAGCCAAGGCAAUAAUUAAUAGAGUAAAAUUGUAUGUUUCAUUAUGUGUUUGUAUCAUGUACAGUCAGUUUCUGUACAUUCAACUUGUGAGUAGAACAACAUACUAGCAGCCAUUUGCUGAUUUUUAAAAGUACAUGUACUUUCUUAUACCGGUACUUUCUGUUACCCAUAGAUCUUAACUUACACCAAUUAUAACUUUCAUGAACUGCAUUAUUGAAGGGAAAAAAACUGUGUAAGUUGAAUUUAUCAGAAAAUCUUCAGUAGAAUUAAAAACUUUUUUGUGUUUUACAUCUUAAGUUAAAAAUUUUGACAUUGAAAUAGAUUGUUUCCAACAACAACAACAAGUCGACUGAGCUUGAUUUUUCAAGUUGAUAUUUUAUGUCCAUAGAAGCCAAGAGGAAAUGAGAUUGAUAUGUACAAUUCUGUUUUUCCAAAUGCUGUGAACUAGUCAUAUGAUUUCUUAAUUAUUUGUUCCUUAUCCUAGUGCAAUAUUUCUUUUUACUGUCAUCCCUUUGUGACAGCUUUUCUGUUGUUUUGAUUUUGUUGUUGUUUUAUUUUUUACACGUCUUAUACUCUUAUUAUUUUUUUCUAAGUUAUUUAGGAAUAUCAAAGCUUUGUUUGAGUGCAUAUAUUUGGGUAUAGUAUAAACAAUGAGAAAUCCACCUAUUAACUCUCUAAUGAAUGUGUUCAGUACAGUGUUGUAUAAGAAGAAACUUACAUUCAGAAUUUGCUCAGCCAGGUUUUUUGGUUCGGCCUACAGAAAUGAACGUUGCAUACCUGGUAUUUCUAUUAUAAAUGAUGUCUCCAGAUACAUGUAUGGAGUGUAUAUUUUAUUUCAAGACAUUUAUUUCAGCUUAUUUCCCCAUAUUGUGGGAUGCAUUAUUUAUGUACUCAACAUUUGUAUAACAACUAUAUGUUAUAAAUGAGUCAAUCAUUCUCUAUGUCACCCUGUAUUGCUUUCAUAUUUAUGACACAUAAACUUACAGGUUUUAAAGUGAUAAUUGCUGUAUAUGGCAUAAAUUAUAAUUGUUUUACAGUGAAUGUAAUUUUUGAUGUUUCUUUAAACUGGCAUCUGAUGUUCAAUAUAGUUUUGAGAUGAGAUCUUUAUACUGCUAGAAUUGCUUUAUUUUUAUGCUUUUACAGAAAAUAUUGAGUAUUUAUAGCAAUUUUGGAAAGAGUGAUGUUUUGCAUUUAAUGCCCACUUCAGAUUUGGCAAGGACAUAUAGUGUUUGUCACGUCUGCCUUCCCGUCUGUCUGCCCUUUGUCUCGGUUUCAAAGAAUUCUAUCAAAAUACAUACACUAGAGCUUACUAUUCAACUGUUACAGUAUCAGUUUAUUUUGUCCUGACCUUCCCUUUGACCUAGUUGACCUUACUAUAUUGGUGAGGAUUGACAUGAUAGCUGAAUUGAUUGAAAACUCACUUUUUGUUCCAAGCCAAGCAUUGACACAAUGGAGAGCCCUUGCUGCUCAGUGGCCCAAAAUGCCAAGUAAAGGUCUAGAUUUGAAGCCUCGAUUUACUGCGUAUCCAUCUCAUUUAACUGAAUGCCCACAUGGCGCAGUGGUUAGAAUGUCUGCUCUAGAGUUGCAAAGUUGAUCCUUACAUCUUGGGUUCGAAUUCCAUUGAAUACCAUUGUGGAGUGUGAAGACCGCAGAAGAUAAAGAUCCCUCACUGCUCAAUGGCCGUAAGUGCCGAGUUUAGGACAAAAUUUGCAGCUCUCCACCGGCAAGUGAUGGUGUCUCCAUUUGAGUGAAAAAUUCUUGAGAGGGACAUUAAACAACAUAAACACAACAAUUAUACCUGUAAAAAUCUCACAAGGGGAUUUUUUCGUUGAAAAUCCGACAUUGAUACAAACUGAAGAUAGAAAUUCAAUACUGUUACUUGUAAGUUAUAUGUAGAUACAAAUAUAAGCUGAAUAAACAACUUAGUAUAUAUACAUACUAUUUAUACCAUAAAGACAGCUCCUGAACUAUAUGGGUUUUUCUUCUAAAUUUAAAAAAAUGAACGUUUUUCCUUCUUUCAUUAUACUUGUAUUGCAUUUAUUAAGCUUAGGUGAAAGAAGCAAGGUACAUUUGUUUUUAAUGUUUUCAUUACACAUGGACUUUGGAUAGAGCCUUCAUGUUGUAUGGACUCAUAGUCCUAAUAUUUAGAUUUUCCCACCCCCAUUCCUUCUCCCCAAAUUUAUUGAAGUAAUGUAUUUUUAUGGAUGUUGCUAAGUUUUCUGUACAUGUGCCUUUUAUUGUUUUAUAUACAUGUCUCGUACAUUCCGUAUUUUUGUUUGUCAAGAUAUUUAAUGAAAGUUUACGUCUUCAAUAAAUUAAAAAUUGU